UGUAGAAAACACGGUCCUUUUUGGUGAUCCGCCAGGCUGGAUGUUUCCCAAAUAAAGAUACCACCACUUAAAACAAUUGAUCCAUUCUUCUGUCCGGCCAUCGUUCCGUUCUCUUUCGUCUUUCGAGCUUUCGUGCCACCCACGUUGUCUCACCGCAAUCUCCUUGCUUUUGUUCUCCUCGCCUUGCCAAGACGUACGGCAGGAAAUUCUCGAGCAAAAUCUUACCUUUUUGGCGAUAAGAAGGUUCCCGGCACCAUGACGUCGACGAGGCAAUGGUGGCGCCGCGCGACGGCGGUUGCCAAGGACAAGUGGAGCAUCUGCGUGACGAGGGCGAUGGGCGCCCGCCACCUUUACCGCCGGAGCCCGGAGAUGGAGGCGGCGGUGAUCCGGGCCACCAGCCAUGACGAGCGGUCGGUGGAUUACAAGAACGCGGGGCGUGUCUUCGCGUGGGCCCGGGCCGCCCCGUCCUCGCUCCUCGCGUCCCUGAUGUGGACGGUGGCCCGCCGCGCCUCCCGCACGCGCUCCUGGCCCGUCGCCCUCAAGUGCCUCCUCCUCGCCCACGGCCUCAUCCUCUGCUCCCAUGACGCGCCCCCUGCCGCUCGCGUCGGCCGCCUCCCCUUCGACCUCUCCGACUUCCACGACCGCUACUCCGACUCCCCUGGCUUCUCCGCGUUCAUCCGAGCGUACUUUCGCUUCCUCGACCACCGCUCCCUCCUCCCCGCCCUGAAAGGCUCGGCAUCCGCCUCCCCCGUCUCGGAAACUGAGGAGGACCGGGACGGCAACGGCGACGACGACCUCGAGAGGCUCGAGAGCCUACAGCUCCUCCUCGACCUCCUGAUGCAGAUCCGGCCCUACGCCGACGGCAUGGAGGUGGAGCUCGUCCUGGAGGCCAUGGACUGCGCGGUGAUCGAGAUCUUCGAUGUCUACAGCGGCAUCUGCAGCGGCAUCGCUCACUUCCUCGUCGGCGUCCUCGGCCCCGACCCGGCGAAACCCGAGGCAACAACGGAGGCCAUGAAGCAGAGGCGGGCGGCGGGAAUGCAGGUCCUGCGGCGAGCGAGGGCGCAGAGCGCGCAGCUCUCGGCCUACUUCGAACUCUGCCGUGCCCUGGGCGUGCUCAACGCCGCGGAGCUCCCGCCGGUGGAGGGAAUUCCCGAGCAGGACAUGGACGACAUCGAGAGGAUGAUGCUGUGCAUCACUCAGGGAAGCGACGACGAGGCAGAGGAAAGGAACAGGAAGACGCCUGAGGGGGGUUCGAUGACGGUGACCGCCGAUGAGUGGGUGGUGUUCGAGGACGAGAACCAUUCCGUCAACUCGAUCCUCGACUUCCCGGACCAAAUCUCACCGUCCAAGCUGUGGGCCCCGGCGGAGAAACCCGGCCCUACUGUCGCGAAUGGCAAUCUCAGAGACCUGAUCUCACUGUAGUUACACAAAUGCCAUUCGUUCGUUUCUUGGGAGGUUUAGUCGCUUAAUUAACGUCGCUUAAUACUUGCAUUCCGACCGAAUUAGCUGAGCGAAUAUUUGCCCAGAAACGCGUUGCGAGGGGGUUCCCGAAUAAAGGCACGAAUUACGGACGUGGCGUCCAUAUAAACUACGAUUCGUGCCUCAAA